GCUUCAACCCCCGCACCCCGAAGGAGGAGAUGACCCUGGCCCCACGGUGCCCCACACUGCAGCCGGCGUGCUGGAGGAGGACAUCGCGGACUCCCCGGCACCAGGCAGCCGGACACACCACGCCGGCCCCGGAGCUGCUGCCUGGACCCCUUCCAACCACCCUCAGCGUGACAAGGAGGGGGCUCUGCGCCCGGCCCCCCAGCUGCCCCAUCUCCCUGCCUUGGCCUCCCAGCACGUCCCCGCCACCGCACCGCGGAGCCGGUGCCCCGACCACGUCUUUUUCCAGUCCCACCAAAGAUGUCCCGGUGCCGCUGGGUGAGCUCCUGAGCUGGGUCUCCGACGUCAGCAGGUCGUGGAUGGGCUCGAGGGGAGCCCGGGAGGCUGCGGCUGCUCGGCGGCGCUCACCAGCACAGAUGCACCGCACUGCGGGGGACACCGGGCUCGCCGGGGAGAGCGUGGAGGGGUCAUCAGCGGAUGGGGAGGAGAUGGAGAGAGCCCGGCCGCGGUCAGAACGGAGGCUGGAGGUGCAGGAGCAGCUGCUGGCCCUGCGGCACUGGCUGGACGCGGUGGAGAAGCGGCUGCCGACACUGCCGGAGCCCGGCACGGCCCCGCAGGUGUCCCCGCGGGCCGUCCCUGUCCCGGAGGAGGUGGCAGGCGCGGAGCGGGGCCAGGAGACGCUGGAGCGGCUGCUGGCCUGGGUGGCCGACAUGGAGGAGCUGGUGAGCAACCAGAAGCCGCCGUCGGCGGAGGCGAAGGUGGCGAAGGCGCAGCUGGAGGAGCAGAAGCUCCUGAAGCGGCUGCUGGAGGAGCGCAGGCCGCGCGUGGAGCUCGUCCUGCAGGACAGACCGACGGCGCACGGCUCCGGCACGGCGGCACCUGAGGGCAGUGCCAGCCUCUCCGACCUCGGGGAGAGGUGGGACAAGCUGAUGCAGGAGGCUGAAGCCAGGUACGGCCGCCUGGAGCGGAUCCUGCCGGCAGCUCAGGGCUUCCAAGAGGCCGUGGAUGCCUUCCAGGAGUGGCUCAGUGCCACGGAGCGACAGCUGGCCCAGCUCUGGCGCACCGAUGGCUGCGUCGGCCGCGUGCAGGAUGCCCACCAGCAGACCCAGGCCCUCUGUGAGGAGAUCCGCGGGCGGCUGGGAGAGCUGGACAGUGCCCUGGAGAGAGGGCAGCGGGUCCUGGAGAUGGUGACAGGGGAGGAGGCCCAGCUGGUCCAGGAGAAGAUGGAGUCGCUGAGGAUGCGGUACCUCAUCGUGGGCCAGAGCAGCACCGACACCGCACACCGGCUGGGGCAGACCCUGGAGGCCUCGUCCCGCCUGGGCACAGCCCCCGAGGACCUGGCACUGUGGCUGGGCCGCAUGGAGAAGGAGCUGGGCAAGCGGGAGAGCCAGGAUGGCGACCAGGAGCCCCCAGUCAGCGCUGGUGACAGGGAGAAGUUUGAGCAGGUGCUGGAGUCCCAGCUUGCCCGUGUGACCGGGCUGGGCAAGCGGCUGGAGGAGAUCGGCCGCAUGCAGCUGGACCCUGAGGCUCUCGGCUCGCAGCUCUCCGAGCAGAAGCUGCUCUCUGCUGAGGUCCUGCACUGCCGGGGCCUGGUUGAGCGUCUGCUGGGGAUCUCAGACCCGCUGCUGUGCUGCUGCCCUGAGCCCCUGCGGCAGCGCCUCCAGCCGUCGGUGCAGGCGCUGCGGGAGCGCACGGAGCAGCUGUCCCUGCGCAGCGGCGCCUGUGCCGUGCAGCUGGAGCACGCCCAGUCCCUGCUCACCCAGUUCUCUGAGGCACUCGAGGAGCUGCUGCCCUGGCUGGAGGAGACGCAGGCCCUGGGGGUGCAGCUCUCCCCCAACGCCAUCAGCUAUGAGGCCUUCAAGGAGCAGCAGGCGCUGCUGCAGAGCCUGCGGGAGGCCAUCGCUGAGCACCGGCCGCUGGUGGGGAAGCUUCAGCGCGUGUCAGCACAGCUGGUGGAGCUGAGCCCAGAGCAGGGAGCCCCGUUCCAGCGGCGCUGGCAGGAGGCCGAGGAGCAGUACGGCUGCAUCCGCGAGCGUGUGCGCCAGGCAGCGGCUCUGCUGGAGGACGCCCUGCCGCGAUACAGCCAGCUGACAGAGCGCAUGGACCUUCUGCUGGAGUGCCUGGAGCGGCUGCAGAGCCGGCUGCAGAGCCAGCCCCCCGUCCGCGGGGAUGCAGCCCACCUGCGGGAGCAGAUCCGGGAGAACAGCCUGGCCCUGGGCGAGCUGGAGAAGCUGGGGGUGGCCCUGGAGGGCAUCCAGGCGCAGGGCGGAGAGCUGCUGGCCACCAUGAAGGCAGUCGGCUCCGACGCCGUGGCCAGAGGGAUCCAGGAGCGCACGGAGCAGCUGCUGGCACAGUGGGGGUCCCUGCGCGGCCGCUGUCAGGAGCAGGAGCGGUGGCUGCGGGAGCUGCUGGCGCUGGCCGAGCGCUUCUGGCACGGCCUGUCCGAGCUGGCCCUGGCACUCAGUGACACCCAGCAGCUGGUGCUGGGGCUGGAGGAGGCCGGCGGGGAGCCCGAGGCCAUCCGCACGCGGCUGCGCACCAUGCAGGCGCUGCGGGAGGAGAUCGAUGCCCUGCAGGGCGAGCUGGACACGCUGGGCAGCCUGGGUGUGGAGCUGAUGGCCUCCUGUGGAGACCCCGACAAGCCCGAUGUCACCAAGAGCCUGGACGAUGAGUUCAAGCGGGAGCUGUACCAGUGCAAGGUGGACGUGGAGAGCCUGCGGCACCAGGGGGGCACGGGGCAGGGGGACCCCCCGGCUGCGCUCAGUGACUUCCGCCAGCGCUGGGACCACCUGGAGGAGGAGAUCGUCAGCAGACAGCACCAGCUGGAGGCGGCGCUGCUGGGGCUGGGGCAGUUCCAGCACCAGCUGGCAGAGCUGCUGCAGUGGCUGAGCCGCACCGGGGAGCAGCUGAGCGGCCCCGCACCCCUGAGCCCCGACCUGCAGAGCUGCGAGAUCGAGCUGGCCAAGCACAAGGUGCUGCGGACAGACGUGAUGUCCCACGCCCGCACGGUGCAGUCGGUGACCGAGGCCGGGCAGGGGCUGCUGCUGUCCAGCCUGGGGGAGAGCGUGGAGGGGCUGCAGCGCAGCCUCCAGCAGCUGGGCCAGCGCUGGGACCUGGUGCGCAGCGAGACCGAGAGCCGGCAGCUGGAGCUGGAGAACAACCUCAGCCAGGUGCAGGACAUCACCCUGGAGAUCACGGAGCUGCUGCAGUGGCUGGAGCAGGUGGAGCUGCAGCUCUUCUGCUCCAAGCCGGUCUGGGGACACCCGGAUGCCACCAAAGAGAAGCUCAACGCACACCUGGAGCUGUGCCGGGAGCUGGAGGCGCGGGCGGUGCCGUACCGGGGGCUGCGGGAGCGGCUGCAGCGGCUGCUGGAGUCGUGCCGUGCCGGGCGGCCCUGCAGCACCGAGCACAGCCUGCGGAUCCUGGAGCAGAAGUGGGAGAGCGUCCAGGCCGAGGCGCAGGAGAGGAAGGAGCGCCUGGCCGAGGGGCUCACGGUCACCACCGAGUUCCACGGCUCCGCCCAGGAGCUGCUGCGCUGGGUGGCCCACGCCGAGGAGCUGCUGGGGUCCCCUGCACCCCCCAGCUUCGUCCUCGACACCGUCACCGCCCAGAUCCAGGAGCACAAGGCCCUGGUGAAGGAGGCGAACGCCCACGGGGAGAAGCUGGGCGGGCUGGAGGCCGUGGCCGCGCGCCUGAAGGAUUUCAGCAGGAAGCAGGACGGGGCCGUCAUCCAGAACCUGGUGCUGGCGGCGCGGGAGCGCCUGGGCAAGGUGCUGCAGAGGGCAGCUGAGAGGGGGGCAGCGCUGGAGGAGGCACGAAAGCGCAGCAAACAGUUCAGCGAGUCCCGGCGGCUGCUCCUGGACUGGAUGGACGAGGUGGAGCAGAGCCUGGAGGAGCCGCAGGACGCUCCCACCAGCCAGGAGGAGAUCAAGUGCCAGCUGGCUGAGCACAAGGCGUUCCAGAAGGUGCUGCGGGCGAAGCGUCCGGUGUACGAGGCGACCCUGCGGAGCGGGCGGGCACUGCGGGAGGGGGCCCGGCUCCCCCAGGACCUGCAGCCGCUGGAGGAGCUGCUGGGGGAGCUCAAGGAGCGCUGGGAUGCGCUGUGCAGCCGUGCCGCGGAGAGGCAGCACAAGCUGGAGGAGAACCUGCUCUUCUCGGGCAAGUUCACGGACGCGCUGCAGGCCCUCAUGGACUGGCUGUACCGCGCCGAGCCGCAGCUCAGCGAGGACGUGCCCGUCGGAGGGGACCGGGACCUGGUCGGGGACCUCGUGGACAAGCACAAGGUGUUCCAGAAGGAGCUGGGCAAACGUGCCAGCUGCAUCAAGACGCUGAAGCGCUCGGUGCGGGACCUGACGCGCGGCAGCAGCAGCGUGGACUCGCAGUGGCUGCAGCGGCAGGUGGAGGAGCUCAGCACCCGCUGGGACCUGGUCUGCAAACUCUCCCUCUCCAAGCAGGCCCGGCUGGAGGCUGCGCUGCGGCAGGCAGAGGAGUUCCACACCCUGGUGCACUCCUUCCUGGGGCGCCUCUCCGAGUCGGAGAAGACCCUCAAGUACGGCGUCUUCCCCGAGGAGGAGGUGGCCGUGCAGGAGUGCCAGAGCCAGCUGCAGGAGCUGAUGCAGUCCCUGCAGUGCCAGCAGCUGGAGCUGGAGUGCAUCACCUCGCUGGGGGAGGAGAUCCUCGCCACCUGCCACCCCGACUCCGUCAUCACCAUCAAGUCCUGGGUCACGGUCGCCAAGAGCCGCUUCCAGGAGGUGCUGAGCUGGGCCCAGCAGCAGGGCGAGCGGCUGCGGGCGCAGGCGGCCGUGCUGGCGGCCGAGCGGGAGGAGACGGAGCAGCUCAUGGACUGGAUCACGGCGGCCGAGGAGGCCCUGGGGCUGCGGGACCAGGAGCCGCUGCCCGAGGAGGCCGAGCAGCUGGAGGAGCUCAUUGCCCAGCACACGGUGUUCGUGGAGGAGCUGAACCGCAAACAGCCCGACGUGGAGAAGGUCACCAAGAGCUGCAAGCGGAAGCUGGCGGCGGAUCUGGGCCCCCCGGCCGCCCGCCGGCUGGCCACACGGCGCCGCAGUGGUGGGAAGGCGCAGGGGGCGGCGGCGGUGCCGCUCGGGGGGCUGGAGCCCCAGACGCCCCUCAUGGCCCAGCUCCUGCACCGCUGGCAGCAGCUCUGGCUGCUGGCCCUGGACCGGCAGUACCGGCUGGAGACGGCCCUGCAGCGCCUGCGGGAGCUGGAGGAGUUCGCGCACUUCGACUUUGGGGUCUGGAGGAAGCGCUACAUGCAGUGGAUCAGCCAGAUGAAGUCCCGUGUCCUGGACGUUUUCCGCGGCAUCGACAGGGACCAGGACGGGCGCAUCAGCCAGCGGGAGUUCAUCGAGGGCGUCCUCGCCUCCAAGUUCCCCACCAACGUCCUGGAGAUGAACGCCGUGGCCACCAUCUUCGACAUGAAUGGCGACGGCUUCAUCGACUACUACGAGUUCGUCAGUGCUCUGCACCCCAACCGGGACCCCCUGCGCCGCUCCGCCGACGCCGACCAGAUCCAGGAUGAGGUGAACAGGCAGGUGGCCCAGUGCAACUGCGCCAAGCGCUUCCAGGUGGAGCAGAUCAGCGCCAACAGGUACCGGUUCGGGGAGUCCCAACAGCUGCGGAUGGUGCGGAUCCUGCGCAGCACCCUCAUGGUGCGGGUGGGCGGGGGCUGGAUCGCCCUGGACGAGUUCCUGGUGAAGAACGACCCCUGCAGAGUGAAGGGAAGGACCAACCUGAAGAUCAACGAGAAGUACCUGUCCCCGGACGCCUUCGGGACCGCGGCCAGGUGUGCGGGGAACCAGUCGGCCGCCUCCUCCAAAGUGCUGUCCCCGAGCCGCUCCAACUCCAGCCUCAGCCUCUACAGCAGCGCCUCGGCUCCCAGCAGCCCCCUGGCCAGGAAGUCGGUGCUGCGGAGGACGCGCUCCGGGGAUCGGUGUCCGCGCUCCCGCGGCUCGGGGCUGCCCGACGGAGCCGAGCUGCAGUUCAGCGCGGCCGAGGAGAGCCUGGCUGCGGCACUCCCAGAGCCGCCCGAAGGGUCCCCCCCGGAGCGCUGCAGCCCCUGCCGCUGACCCCCGCGCCCGCCCUGCGCCAGCACCCUCGGCCGGCCCCACUCAGGACCCUCCUCCCCGAGGCUGGAGGACGGCGAAGCC